AUGUGCUAGAGUGUCGCAACUCUAUUGACGUAGAUGGACGUUAAAUGGAUAGGGUCCAAUCGGAGACCCCACCUGACCUUUCCCCUCAGCUCCAACGGCCGACUCCACUCCCGAGUCGUUUUUGCCUGCUCCCGACGACCCUUCUCAGUCUCCUUCCCAAAUCAAGAUGGGGUUUUUCUGCUACAACUCGAUUUUUAUUUAUUUAUUUAUUUAUUUGCUUUCGACCAUCACUGUCUUCAUCGCCAAAAAGGUUAAAAAAAAGAUGAGUAGGGCUCAGCGCAGAUGAAUCAACGAAGAUAGUGACGGUUAGUGGUUCGUUGUGGUCCUUGUGGAAGCAUUAUAAAGACUACUCCGUUAACAAUCACUAAUAAAAAGAGGAAAUUGGCAUACCUCUUCGCUGUCCUCUGCGGCAACCGCACAAUGAAAACCCUGGAGUUGACCUAAUCGACAAUCCAACACAAAGGUUCAGUGCCUUCCGGAUUCAGUUCAACCUAAUGCAGAAUCAAGUUCGUAUCAUUGUUAGCAUUCAAGUGAAGGUGAGUUCAGAUUGCAAAAAUAUGUCUGGAUGAACAAGGCUAGUUUUAUAUACCAACAAUCAUAUGGCUUAGAAAACUCUUCAUCUGAAGAACAAUGGUGGGUCGACAAUAAGAGACGAUUUCAUGAGCCUUAAGAUGAACCACACCACCACCAAUUCAAAAAUUUGCAGGGGGUACAAUCUGCUAUUGCAUGUGUUCAUUUCAUUUUGGUGCUCCAACCACAUACAUUUUGUCUCAACUCUCAGCAAAUUUAUGCAUCCGUCGCAUCCCUUAAUUUCUUCUUCGUCAUUUAAAGGGCGCGCUUGAGUUUGGUGUUGCUCUGGGAAUCUGUGGUUUUAUUGGAAACUCAAAUCUCUUUGUAUAAAGUUCUUUUCACUGAAGUGCUAAUACCACUUGCAAUCUAUCUCAACAAAUCGACACAUCGAUGGCAUCUUCUUCAUCAUCUCCCUCUCUUCCGGCCUUUUCUUCUCAUUUGUGGAAGUACCAUGUUUUUCUUAGCUUUAGAGGAGAAGAUACUCGCAGAAAUUUUGUUGAUCAUCUCUACUCGGCUCUUGAACAACAAGGGAUCUACACCUACAAGGACGAUGAAACACUUUCUCGGGGCGAAUCGAUCGGCCCAGCCCUUAUGAAAGCUAUAGAAGAAUCUCAGAUUGCUGUCAUCAUAUUCUCAGAGAACUAUGCAGACUCUUCAUGGUGCUUAGAUGAACUUGCAUGUAUUAUGAAAUGCAAGGAUAUUAAAGGCACAAUCGUUAUGCCCAUAUUCUAUGGUGUAGAUCCCUCUGAAGUACGAAAACAAAAACAAAAAUAUGGAGAAGCAUUUGCCAAGCAUGAGUUGGAGAACAAGAAGAAAACUAAAUCUUGGGGACACGCAGUUGUGGAGGACCCUUGGGGAUUGCUCUCUGCACCUCGAGAACAAAUCCGGAAAUACCAAGAAGCCUUUGCCAAACAUGAGUUGGAGCACAAGGCCAAGGUUGAAUCUUGGAGAAAAGCACUUGUGGAUGCAAGUAACAUUUCUGGAUGGGAACCCAAACACGUUGCCAACGGGCAUGAAUCAAGGGUUAUCAAAGAAAUUGUUGACACAAUUUCACAGAGGUUGCAGUUAGUACCUUCAAGUGCAAAUGAGGACCUAAUCGGAAUGGCGGCUCGCAUACAACGUUUGAAAUUAGAGUUACAAAUUGAGUCAGGUGGUGUACGAAUGGUUGGAAUAUGGGGGGUUGGGGGUGGUGGUAAGACUACUCUUGCUUCUUCUAUUUAUGAUGAAAUCUCUAGCAUGUUCGAUGGUUGUUGCUUUGUACAAAAUAUCCGGGAGGAAUCAAGCAAGAUUAAUGGUUUGGUAAGCUUGCAAAAAAAAAUUCUCUCUGGUGUUUUGAAACAAAAGGAAGUUCAGGGAAUAGAGAGAGUUGAGGAAGGAAGACGCAUGAUACAAAAUAGGUUAUGCCAUAGAAAGGUCCUCAUUGUUCUUGAUGAUGUCGAUCAGCUUGACCAACUAAAAGCGUUAGCUGGAUCACAUGGUUGGUUCGGUGAAGGAAGCCGAGUAAUAAUGACAACUAGAGAUGAGCAUAUAUUAAAUGCACACAGAGUAAAUGUGACACACAGUAUUAGAUUGUUAAACAGUGAUGAGGCUAUUAAGCUAUUUUGCAAGCAUGCACACCGAGAUCACACACCCAUGGAAAAUUAUGAGCAGCUUUCAAAAGAGGUGGUCUCUUAUGCCGGUGGGCUUCCAUUAGCACUUACAAUUCUUGGUUCAUUUCUAUGUGACAAAAAUAUUCAUGAGUGGAGGAGUGCAUUAGCAAGACUGAAAGAGAUUCCAAAUGAUAAUAUUCUGGAAACGCUAAAAAUCAGCUUUGAUGGACUCACAAAGGUUGAGAGAGAGUUGUUCCUUGAUAUUGCAUGUUUCUUUAGGGGGAAGUACAAAUACAACGCAAUGCGGAUCUUUGAUGCUUGUGGUUUUCAUCCAGUUAUAGGAGUAAAGGUGUUGAUACAAAAGGCUCUCAUAACUAUUUCAGAAGAUGGAUAUUUUGAUAUGCAUGAUCUGGUGCAAGAAAUGGGACACUAUAUUGUUAGAGGGGAACACCCUAAGCACCCUGAAAAACAUAGUAGGAUUUGGAAGGAGGAAGAUGUUUAUAAAAUAUGUGCUAUGGAUGCAACCACGGAACUUGACAAGAUUGAAGCAAUAGAAAUGGAUUUUCACUUCCAGCCAGCAAAAAAACAAGAACAAGAUCUUCCUUCGGUUUCUGCAAACAUGAAGAACCUUCGGUAUAUGAAAUCGAUAGGGGAUCCUGCAAAAUUAUUGUUUAAUGACCUUCCACUAAGGGAGCUUUGCUGUCUUAUAGUGUCCUCAGGUUCUGAAAAGCAACUUUGGGAGGGCUGUAAGGUGCUCCCAAGUUUGAAGUUAUUGGAACUUAGCCAUAUGAAUAAGCUAAUCAUGACACCAAAUUUUAAUGGACUUCCAAAUCUUGAAAGAUUCAUUCUUCAUGGCUGUCUGUGUUUAGAAGAAAUUCAUCCAUCGAUUGGAUGCUUGGAAAAGCUUGUUUUCUUAUCUAUAGAAAAUUGUCGGAGUCUUGAGAUAUUUCCACCCAUUAGGGGAAUAAGGAAACUCGAGACCCUUGAAUUCACAGAGCACCCUAAACUUGUUAAGUUUCCAAAGAUCCACCAUCAGAGGAUGGAGAAUUCAACACAUCUUGAUUUGGAUGAUAAUAGUGGGAGCCAAGUUGCACCCUACAUAGAAUCUAGUACAAACUAUGUUGUUAGUUGUUUGAGGUGUGGUUGCAGACAUCUUCCUGGUGUAGAAUGUUGUGUAGAGGGGCCUUGUUUAUCUCGCAACAUAUUCUUAGUUUUGUUUCACAAUUUGCAAGAACUCCACUUCUUAAGGAAGUUGGAUCUGAGCGAGUGCAAUUUGGGAGAUGAAGAUAUAGGCUCUGAUGUUUUGGAGUUGCCCAACUUGCAAGAACUCAAUCUAUUCAGAAAUAAGUUUUCACAGUUAAGUUUUAGUUGCUUGCAAUUUCCUCGACUCAAAUGGCUCGACGUGUCAUUCUGCAAAGAACUUGUAGAAUUGUCGGAGCUGCCACAAAGUAUAGCCAUUGUUAGAGCAGAUUGUUGUGACUCACUUGAAAGCUUUGGAGGUAUCUCAAACUGUAAAUGGUUGUGGAAAGUCUCACUUUGGGGGGCUUACAAAUUAGGUCCGCGUGUUGGUGAGAUAUUACUAGGCUCCAUGCUCCAGGGGAAUGCUAUUGAAGAUCAUUUUAUCAGUUUCACCAUUCCAUAUCAGAUUCCAAAGGGGUUUGUAGGGAGGUUCUUUAGGGGAAAAACAUUUACAAAGCGUCUCCCACAUGUUAAAUGGGACCCAUAUAAAAGGCAUAUUCAAUCUGGUGAAGAAAAGUUUAGACUGCGUCUUCCAGAUGAUUGGUGCAAUGACUUUUGUGGGUUCUUAAUACGCAUUAUAUUCCAGGACAAAGAUAUGGAGAUUGACAUAAGUAUCAAGAAGGAUCCAGAUGAAGAAGAUUCUCGGUUUGAGAUUUGGCAUGAGUCUAAUGAAACACCAGAGCCUGAAUAUUUAGAAGGAGAAGUAAAGACAUCUGUGGGAUAUGUUUCCUUUAGUUCAUUGAGGCAAACCACAUCAUUGAAUUCAUCAUACAGUAUUAUUUCAUUUUCCAUAAAGAGAAAUUGGACUUCGUUUGCAGUUGAGCUUGUUCCUAGGAAAAGUAAAGAUGAUCCCGUGCAAACGACAAAAGCUGCAACAGAUUGCUCAGAAUUUUGGCAUGAGGAAAAUGAUGAAUAUAAAGCAUUUAUGAUCCAAGAUAAUUCAAAGUAUUCUAUCAAUAUUAUAUGGAAAGCUUAGAAAGAUAUCUAACAAAACCAUACACCCAUAGGACGGCUGUCGACUCUUUGCCGGUUCGUAUAGUCUGAGUGACUCUGAACUUAUGGUUGUGAUUACACUGCAACAUACAUCGAGUAACAAAUUGCAAAGGGAGGAGAACAGCUGUCCUGAAGAUGAUACCAUAAAAUAUUUUGAGCAUUGAGAGAGAAUGCUUUGUAUAUAACACUACUACAAAAGACUACAUAGGACCCGCUAUAAAAGACCCGGUUAUUAAACAAAACGGGUUAUAUUAUGUAGAAACCGGGUUUCAUGGAAGGGAGAGCUAUAUGACCCGGUUUAAAGUAAGGAACCGGUCUACAUGAUCAAGUUAAAGAACCCGGUCUCAAUUAUACAACCGGAUCUUUUUAUAUUUGUGGUCAUAUGGCCCGGUUUUGUAAAUACAACUGUGUCCUAUUGCCAGAAUGCUAAUUUCCAGGGGUCCUAAUUUAUGAGAGGAUUAUCCGAAUAUAUAAGAAAAAACUUGAUUUUUAACAUAUAUGUUAUGGGUAUUCAGGCAAAGUUUUUUAUGAUAGGUCAUGAAACAAAAUUUAACUUUGAGGAUAAUAACCACGAAUUUCUAAUUGCUUCUUGCAAUAUUUAUUUAUUCAUCCAUUCACUCAAUAUAAAGGAAGUUAGCCAACAUAUUUCUCUGUGUCCCUGGUGCCCCGAUGUUUUCCUAUUUUACCCCGGGUUUUGAGUCUUUUUUGCCUGCAUAUGUCUCCUCUCUGGUUCCUUGCUAGAGUACACCAUCCUUACACCGGAAAACUCAUCUUUUGAAGUUCAAGUUGAUGAUCUUCUCAUCUUAGGUUUGUAUUUUGACAUUUGUCGUUUUUGCCCUUAGGGGUAGCCAAUUUGCUAUACCACAACAAAUUAUCAAUAUAAUUGCAAAUUGCAUCAUAUACUUGAAUAUGAUGCAAAUUAAACACUAAAAAACGAAAAGAAAAUCAAAUUUAAAGUUUCCUGAGGACUAAAGGUGGAGUGUUAGACAAAAAAAAAGAGGGUCAAGAUGUAAAGUGGUAUUUUUGUAAAUAGGUAGAAAACUAAAAUGGUAGGGGUAUCUUAAUUAAAUUAAACAAGGGUAUUAUAGGAAACAAACAUUCAAUUACAUUAUAUCCUAAAUAUACUGAUAAACUAAAAUAUCAUCUCUCUCUCUCUCUCUCUCUCUCUCUCUCUCUCAUCCUCGCAGUUAGUUUCUUUUCCAAUGAUUCCCCUUAUCAACUUCUUCUCCAACACAAGAUCAUCUACUGUGUAUCUUCAUCUCCACCUCCAAUGUAGAUGAUUUGCUUAUCAAGUCUAUCGGUUUCCCCUAAAAUCAACGUCAAGUCAUCCAAAUAUGGAGUUAUUGUUCCUCAUCGGUCUUUCGUCCCCGGCCGAUUUUGAAUGCACCAACUCUGCUCUUCUACAAUUAUGUGGCUGAACACUGUUAAUCUUAACCCUGUUUGUGUUAGAUCGGACAGAUACUUGUGAAUAUCGAGAUUCAAUCUUGUAUUAUGAUAAGUUUAGGGUUUGUUGAUUUUCAAUUUGGUAUGGUAUGUGAUGUUUGAUCAGUAAUUUAGCUACAAUUGUGUUUGAAUCGUGAUUAUUUUUCAUUUGCUUAA